AUGGCUGCCAAUACAAAUCUUGUCUGCAUUCUAUUGCUGUCAGUUUUUGGACAAUCAAUCGGCGAUCGUUGCCCAGGGUACACGGACCCGUUCGGUGACUACGUGGAGGCAUUUGACUGCCCAAGACCUGAUUACUGGGCGGAUGACCCUGAUGAAACCUAUUGCUGCAUCAGCAGCUCUGGCACCAAUAAUUUUUGUUGCGACGAAUAUAGCUAUGAAACAUUUUAUAAUGACUCAUCAGGAAGUGGAUGGAGCACGACCUACACUGUUGUCAUAGUGAUCGCUGUUUUAAUAGCGUUUGUGGUAUUCUCCUUGAUACUACGGGCAGUCAUCAGACGGCGCAGUAUUCGUCAGGGACCGGCAGUGAACGUUUCCCCGCCAGGGCAUUACAACCCUUAUGCAGAAAACGACGUGACUUACCACCCGCCACCGCCACCUCCAAUUCCAAUGCAGAGCGCCACCACGAGUCCACCACCGCCCAAUGCUCCUCCUGCCAAUUACUACGAAGCCCGCAUGGAUGAUCCACCGCCACCUUACCCGGGUUAUCCUGUCCCGCCCCUUGGAGACGAAAACGGAAAACCAGAGUGA